AUGCCACGAUUAGGUUCAAAAAAUAAGGAAAAACUAGAAGAGACCACUACUCCAGUAAAAGACAAGGUUGACUUUUAUCGUGAAUUUUCAAAAGUAAAAAAUACAGUUAAGGUAACAGAUAUACGGAUAGGCUUACUAGAGAAGUUUCGAGAUGAACAGUUAUAUAUAGGAAAGAUUCAGGAAGUGGAAUCUGAACAAGAUUUAAUUGAACAAUUAUGCUCUUUUUUUGCUAAUAUGAAGAAGAAAGAUGGUGCUGACUAUUCUGUUAAUUCUAUUAGAGCUUCUCUUGCAGCUGUUAAUCGUUUUCUUCAAGAAAAAUCAAGAAUUAAAAAUAUUGAUUUAUAUAAUGAUUCUCGUUUUAAAGCUAUAAAAGAAGUUGUUGAUGGAAAAAUUAGAUUUUUAUCUAAAAAUGGGAAAGAUGGUACCACACCUGAAAGAUUAUUGAGAAGAGUGUUCUUUAUCAAUGCAAUAUAUCUAUGGCUUCGUGGAGGAGAACAUGCAUUAUUUAAUGGAACUGAUUUUGUUAAAUGUGAUGAUGGAAAGGCAGACAAAUUGGUUUUAGCAAAUCAUCCAGAAGUUACUCCAUUUCUUGAUAAAUAUUUAUCAUCACGUCCCUAUGGUGCAGAUCCUGAUUUCUACCUUCAGGAAGUUGAAGAAGAAUUUGCUUUGAAAAUGGGAAUUUGGUAUAAACCAAAACACGUAGGAUUCAGAAGAUUAAAUUCAUUUUUAAAUGAAAUUUGCAAAAUUACUGGCAUUAACUUUAGUGAUAAGGCGAAAGUACCAGAUAUAUUAAAUGGUCAAGUUUCAUAUAAUGAACAAGUAAUUGGAAAAGAAAACAAUAAUAUUAAAACUGCAAAAGAAGUAUUUUACGAAAAUCAACAAAAUUCUCUAAAAAAGCCAUUAGAUUUAACUGACAUAAAUCAACAAUUAGAAAUUUCAAUGAAUAUUGAUCAAUUUAAAGAGUUAUUUAAUUGCGGUUUAAUUUCCAAGCUUAAAGGAAAGGUUAAUUUGUCAUAG